GCCAGUUAGUCGUGCUCCGCAAGUCGAUGUCGACGGUUCGCCUCUGUCCCGCUCGCCGCCCACUUCCCGCCUCUCGCCCCGUCGCGAAAACACACGCCGAAGUUCGAAGAAGUCCGAUCCCAGCUGCGGCCGUGUUUCGAAGGACUCAUUUCGGAGCCACCUAUCCACACACACACACAUCUCGGUGCUAAACCCGGAAUGCAAGGCCCACUAAGCCGAGCAGUGGGCGCAGCCAAACAACAAUUGCGGCAAUAAUCGUUGAGCACUUACCCCCCGUGAUUACCUCGGAGUAACGCCCGCCAAUCGCCUCCAGUGCUGGACUGUUGUUACUCCGGCUUGUUGGGAAUCCACCAAACACAAAGCCGUCAAGUGCAGCGAACAAGUUCGAAAACACGCCUGGCCCCGCAUUGAAUGCGCUAAAUUUCCAACACUGAAUCCAAGUAGAUCAGAAGCAGGCCGCGAUUCCUGAAAGUCAAGACUUUAACCACCAAACUAAUUGUACAAUCAACGAGGAACACCAACUACAAAGUAAAGGAAUAGAAGGACUCCACUGUCAGCGAAAAAAAGCACCAACCACUACACAGCAACACAAUGGCCUUAAUUAUGAAAUACAUCGACAGCAUAAGCAGAUACAUAGACUCACAUAGUGACUCAAGGACAAAAGGCUGGCCCAUGAUGUCGUCCCCAUUCCCCACACUGGCCGUUUGCCUAACAUACGUCUAUCUGGUCAAGGUGCUGGGACCCCGAUUAAUGGAAAAUCGAAAGCCGCUGCAUCUGCAGAACACACUAGUCAUGUACAAUGCCAUACAGGUUGUAUUCAGCGCGUGGCUCUUUUACGAGAUAGGCAUUUCCGGUUGGCUAACUGGACAUUAUAGCUUCCGAUGUCAGCCAGUCGACUAUAGUAAUAAUCCUAGAACGUUAAGGAUGGUUCAUGCCUGCUGGUGGUACUACUUCUCGAAGUUCACAGAAUUCAUGGAUACGAUUUUCUUCGUGUUGCGCAAGAAGACCAGCCAGGUGACCACGCUGCAUGUCAUCCAUCACGGCUGCAUGCCCAUGUCGGUCUGGUUCGGCGUGAAAUUCACCCCAGGUGGCCACAGCACCUUCUUCGGCCUGCUCAACACCUUCGUUCACAUCGUGAUGUACACCUACUACAUGUUCUCGGCCAUGGGCCCGCAGUACCAGAAGUACCUCUGGUGGAAGAAGUACCUGACCACCCUGCAGAUGGUCCAGUUCAUCCUGAUCAUGGUGCACGCCUUCCAGCUGCUCUUCAUCGACUGCAACUACCCGAAGGCGUUCGUCUGGUGGAUCGGCAUGCACGCCGUCAUGUUCUUCUUCCUGUUCAACGAGUUCUACAAGGCAGCCUACAGGAGCCGCAUGAUGAAAAAGAACGCAGCAGCAGCGCUGGCCAACGGACACGCAAAGCCCAAUGGCUACUGCAAGAGCAUCAACGCCCAUGACGACCUGGCCAUGCCGCAGCCAGCGGAGGCGUUGGCGUCCGCGACGCCCGUGUCGAAGGCCAACGGGAGCAGCUCUCCGCUGAGCAAUGGCCACGGGAACGGCCUGGCCAACGGCUACAAGCAGCUGUCCAACGGCAACGGGUCGAUUUCGAUGGCGACGGCCAACGGGAGCACGCACAAGGGGGCAAACGGCGGGCUCCUGACGAACGGAUAUGCCACCAAGCUCCUGGACGACGCCUCGCAGGAGCUAAAACAGCGGAAGACGCCGAAAUAAUAUCGGAGCACAGUGGGGCGGCGCCAGCACAGAGCUUAGGACAUAGCGAGGGCCAGCAGCGCCAGGAGAUUCCACUCCCCGGGAAAGAGCGGAGCUCCACGAGUCAUUUCCACAGACACACACCUUCACUUCAACUCACUACUCCACAUCGCAGACCAUCCACAUUCAAAAUUCCACACAAGGACACCCGUUCAUAGGCAUUUGGGACAGAAUGCUCAGCAAGCGCGGAUAGCGGAGGGCGACACCCAAAUUACCAGGACCCGCAGUCCGUGCUUUUGCCGAUAUUGCAAAUAAUAUGCUCCCACAGCCGCAAAUCCAUACACCCGAACAUUAAAAUAUGCUAAUAGUAUGCUUGCAUACAUAUUGUGGCAUAUGCAAAUGUAUAGGCAUUGCGAAUGCAUAUGCACCCAUUCUUCUAGAGUACUAUUUUAAAUAUGUUUUGUUGCUUCUUUUUCUUUAAACUACUUUAGUUGUACAAAGCUUACUUAUCAUAAGUACCCCAGCGGAUUGUAUAAUACAAAAACCAGCAUACGCAAAACAAGAUUUCAACUAAACGAUAACAUAAACUGAAGCCCAGCAUAAACAAUUUAAAACUAAAGCUAAUGUUUAUCACACUUAGUUUGUGUGUGAGCAAGGAAUUCAACUAUUUAAGCCUAGAAUUUAAUAUAUAUAUAUGUGUAUAUGCAUACAUAUACAUAUAUUAUUCAAAUAAACUUAAAAAAAAGCAGCAGCCAAUGGCAGAUUUUGUAAAUGUAUAGAGCAAAAAAUGUAAUUUAAAAUUAGGCACAAUAAUUGUUAAAAAUAAAAGUCAUUCAGAAAUAGUCAAAAACUAUUUACGUUAAACAGAAAACCACAAAUGCGAGUAUUCGACAAAUUUUGUAAAACGUUUCAAAGUAUACAAAAGAAAAAAUAAUGUACGAAGACAUUAAAACAUCACAGGCUAUAAAAUAUCCCAUACAAAGUUUCAUUAAUUUAUUACAAAUAAAUUAUGCCGCUAAACUAAAUCCGAAAUCGCGAGAUAGCUUUCCAUCUUUUGAUCUUUAUUAAUGGUGCAUACCCAACAACAUCCACACAACAUCAAUAUUAAAUACAAAAAACAAACACAAUUAGGAAUAACCAUAAGAUCGAUACACUUAAAACCGAGCAUAAAAAUCAGUAAAUUGUUGGAAUCAAAAAAAAAACAAAAUAGACUGUAAGUCCCACAUUCUAGGUUCUAUAGGUAUGCAAUUGCAAAUCGUUUUGUAUGCGUAAUAGCCAUUUUUGUGGAGCAGUAUGUAAACAUUACCUAUGUAAUUAUUAUUAUACAAAUACAAAAAAAAACAUGUGUAGAAAAUUAGGUGAAAAUGGAGUGGAGAAUUUUUUCAAUAAAAACACUAAACUGAA